CUUCUUCUUCGAUUUGUUCUCUCACUCAAACUCGUAAGCUUCUUCCAUUUUCCUUUUAGACCAUCGAUUGUAGUCGUACUCUGUAGAAAACUUUACCAUAGCUUAGCUAAGACUAGAUCUAGUUAAAACCCUAAUUUUGGGGAAUAUGUGGAGUUUGAUGUUUUUCUACUAAAAUCCGGAUUCCUCUGUAAGGAUUUGAAGGUGGGUUCUUCGGAAAAAAACCAUCCUUUAUUUCUUCUCUUACUCUAGUUCCGUCUUUCAUUUUCUCUUCUUUAGCUUCCCUGACUUGGUGCUACUAGUAAAAUUCUUCGCAUUUGUGGAAAGUUGUGAAUUUAGGGUUUUAGGGUGUGUGUGAAAACGAUGGAAGCACUUGUUGUUGAUGCUGGCUCUAAGCUCCUGAAAGCAGGAGCAGCAAUUCCUGACCAGUCUCCUGCGAUGAUAAUUCCAUCUCAAAUGAAACGAAUGGUUGAUGAUGGGUCUUCUUCAGCUGAUAACCCCACUACUGUGUUUGAAGAUGUCACUCUUGAUCCUAUUGAAAGGGGUUUAAUUAGAGAUUGGGAUGCUAUGGAGGAUUUGUUGCGUUAUGUUGUCUACACUGGGCUUGGAUGGGAAGAGGGAAACGAAGGCAAUAUACUUUUUACAGAUCCACUAUGUACUCCUAAGGCUAUUAGGGAACAAUUGGUGCAAUUGAUGUUUGAAACAUUCAAUGUCUCUGGAUUUUAUGCAUCUGAGCAAGCAGUGUUGUCCCUUUAUGCUGUUGGACGCAUCUCCGGUUGCACUGUUGAUAUUGGCCAUGGGAAGAUGGAUAUUGCCCCAGUUCUUGAAGGUGCCGUACAACACAUUGCCUCGAAACGGUUUGAGCUAGGUGGAACCGAACUAACAAAAUUAUUUGCCCAAGAGCUUGGAAAAUCCAACCCGUCGAUGAAUCUCAGCAUGUCUGAUGUUGAAAAACUGAAGGAGCAGUAUGCAAAUUGUGCCGAGGACGAAUUUGCUUACGAGAAAACCCAAAACUGUGAAAUCGAGCAGCAUACUCUUCCUGAUGGACAGGUGAUAAGCAUCGGGCGAGAGAGAUACUCUGUUGGAGAAGCUCUGUUUCAGCCAUCAAUACUGGGACUGGAGGAGCACGGAAUCGUUGAGCAGCUUGUCCGGAUUAUCUCCACAGUAUCAUCUGAGAACCAUAGGCAGCUCUUGGAGAACACUGUACUUUGUGGUGGUACCACCUCCAUGACAGGAUUCGAAAGUAGAUUUCAGAAAGAAGCAAACUUGUGCUCAUCUGCUAUUAGGCCAACACUGGUGAAACCACCGGAAUAUAUGCCAGAGAAUUUGGGGAUGUAUUCGGCUUGGGUUGGAGGAGCCAUACUAGCUAAAGUGGUGUUUCCGCAGAAUCAGCAUGUUACUAAAGCAGAUUAUGACGAGACUGGACCAUCAGUGGUUCACCGGAAAUGUUUCUGAAACCAUAAACCAAAACGAUGUUGUUGUUGUUGUAGCUGAGGAUUUUUUUUUUUUUUUUGUUGGCUUUUACUGUGGUUUGAAGAUUUGGACCAAAUUAUGUAGUAAAUCUCAAAUUAUGGCUUCCAAAUAUCGACUAAUAGGUGUUUAGUUGUUUUCUUGCCUU